AUGGAUGAAUUAAGAUGCGAGAUAUUUAAAGCAAAAGCCGGGAAAUCAACAGGUUUGGAUAAAAUUUCAAACAAACUAUUAAAAGCAGCCGGGGAGACCAUUAUCGGCUCCUUAAGUCAAAUUUUUAAUCUAUCUAUCGACACUGGAAUUUUUCCAGACGAUUUGAAACACACUAAGGUAACCCCUCUUUACAAAUCAGGGGACAAGAUGGAUUGCGAUAAUUACAGACCUAUCUCAGUAACAUCAGCAGUAGCAAAAAUUUUUGAAAAGCUGGUCUCUAGGCAACUAAAUAAUUUUUUAGAAUUUCACCAGAUAGUAUCCACAAAUCAAUCUGGAUUUCGCACUCAACACUCCACAGAGACUGCACUCUUACAUUCUGUAAAUCAAUGUCUUGUAAAUAUGGACCAGGGCCUUAUUAAUGGUCUACUGUUUCCUGAUCUCAAAAAAGCAUUUGACACUGUGGACCACAACAUACUCAUUUCAAAAUUAGAGCUUUACGGAGUACGAGGGAAAGCAUUACAAUGGUUUAUUUCAUAUCUGAGAGGGAGAAAGCAAGUUUGCAAAAUUAAUCACGAAAUAUCAGAUAGAGCUACAAUUACUUGCGGAGUCCCUCAGGGUUCAAAUCUAGGACCACUGCUUUUCUUACUUUACAUCAAUGACUUACCAAAUUGCUUAAGGUCUACAAAAGCAUCAAUGUUUGCAGAUGACACUAAUAUAUCCUGUGACGGAAAAUUAGCAACUGACAUUCAACAAAAAAUUAACUCAGACUUGAACAGUGUUCAUAAUUGGCUGUUAGCUAACAAACUAACUUUAAGUGCUGAGAAAACAGAAUAUAUGGUUGUUGGUUCGAGACAAAGGCUUAAUCAAAUAAAUUCAGAUCCUGACAUAUUAAUAGGAGAUCAUAUGAUAAAGAGAGUUUCUAACAAAAAAUUCCUAGGAGUGGUUCUUGACGAACAACUUAAUUGGCAUAACCAUAUAGAUAAUCAAUGUGCAAAAAUUUCAAAAAACAUUGCACUUUUGAGAAGAGCAAAAAGUUUUCUGACAGAAAAUGCCCUUAUUACAAUGUACAAUUCACUAGUCCUACCACAUUUCACUUACUGCUCAACAGUUUGGCACAACGGAAAUAUCACCCACAUUGACAAAUUAAGUAAAUUACAAAAAAGAGCAGCACGUGUUAUCACUAACUCAGGGUAUGAAAUAAGAUCAACAGAGAUCUUAAAUAGAUUGAAUUGGGAGCCCAUUGCAAAUAUCCUCGAACAACGUGAACAAACAAUGACAUUUAAAGCAAUUAACAAAAUGACACCAAAAUAUUUAACAGAAAUGUUUACUAUAUCCCAGAACGAUAAUUAUGCAUUGAGAAGUAACGAACGAAAACUUCACUUAUCAAAACCAAACACUAACUUCCUUAAGAAAAGUUUUUCCUACCGCGCAGCAGUGUCAUGGAGUAAACUUCCAAACGAAAUUCUCGAGGAACAUGAGCAUCUUUCAUUGAAUCAGUUCAAAAGGCUUAUUAAAAAUUGCUAAGAUAGCGAAAUUUUCCCGAAAUUUUAUCGAAUGUUUACUUGCAUUGUAAGGUCGUUUGCAUGUUAUACUUCAAUUUGAAUUAAUGUUAGUGUGUUAUACUUUAGGUUUAGAUUUAGUUUUAUAUCUUUUUAAUAGUUUUAGACCACGGCCCUUUGAAAAACAGGCAACUGAAAGGUUACCGUGGAUAAAUAUGUUUAAAUAAUAAUAAUAAUAUGAUGAACCGCAAUUCUAUUCCCCACGUCUUGUUUCUCUGUUGAUCGCUUAUGUUGAUCGUUUAUGACGCGCACGUCAUUUUGACGCAAGAUAAAAUUAUUAUAACUGUGAAUUUUUUGUAACUGUAAUACGUCUUUGAUAAUGGCUGCUGUAUAGGUAGCCGAAACGUCGGAAACAAUUUUAAUCUGGGUGAUCGUACAAUAAAUUAAAUUAACGGAAGAACCCGGAUUCAAGCCCUUCAAUGUACUUUUAUAUAAAGAAUACUAAUGACAAAUGAGGUUUAUCAGGUAUAAAGCCUCUUCAGGUGACAUAUUAUGGUUGACAUGAUUUGCCAAUAAGCUUAUGAAUUAUUAAUGAUGUUUGAAAGAUAUUUAAGAAUCUUAAUCAAAUCGGGUUUCUCCAUUCUUUUGAUGUACAUGUACAUGCAGGCGGGGUAAUUUAAAAUUAGAUAGCAGCCUUUGCCAUUCUUUACACAGGGGAAAUGGAUUGAAGAGAUUAACUUACUUACUAAUGACUCGACUAUACCUAACUAUAUGGUAUCGGGGCCGGGCGCAUUUGGUAACUUGCCAAACUUAAACGGCAAUUUGGUGAGCCAAAUAUAUAAAGGAGAAUACCCAUUAAUGGCGAGGAAGGGAAAAUUAAUUGAGCUGGCCCCUCUUUUGGUUUAUCCAAAACUGUUUCUUUUAGCUCAUGAUAUGUUCAGAGUCAUACAAUGCAAUUGCUUUUCGUCUGCAUAUGGAUAUUAGAGAUUAUUACCCUCGCCAGUGUAAAAAUUCAGUGCAGUUUUGCACUUAUUAUACUAAAUCAGUAUUUAUCAACUAACAUUCUAUGUUUUUAAUUUCAUAGGUUCACUUUCAAAAAUUAAGCCGAAUGUUUUGUUCGCCAGCUUCGUUUGUGAUCAUCUCGCAAAGCAUACUGAAGCUCGGAAAUUGGUUACAUUAAAAGAGGACCGUCAGCGUUUUGUUCUACGUUUUAAUGAUAUCGAUAAAAUUAACUCCAUUUACUGUGAUUUCAAAAAAGAAAAUAGCAGAAUAUUAACUGGAAUAUCAAAUGUAAUAUUCAAUAAAAAAUCGAUGAAAAGGAAGGAUGAAUUCAAAAAUUUAAUGACGUCAUUCGAAAAAGAAGGGUUAUUGGAGAUGUUUGGUUCUGGGACAGAGUAUCACAAAGAAUAUCUCAAGUACGAAGUUAAAAAUGAUAGAUUGUGGUAUUUGCUCACAAGGAAUUAUGCAGUUCAGAGAAGUCUUCGCAAG